UAAAAGGAUGAAUAAUCUGUAAAGUUUCGCUGAAACAUUGUUUAUUAUAGUUAUUUUUUAUUUUGUGAUUUAAAGAAAAAUCAAUAAAAUUGAGGAGCAUUUAAACAAAUGAAUCGUAUUGAAAUUGUGAAUUUAAUUGAUCUUAGUAUUGAGGAUGACGAUAAACAAAUACAAACGUUGCAUCAAAGUAAUGCAUCGCCGAGUAGUCUGCCCAAUCCCGAACAAUCAAUUAUGGAGUGUACAUUACCAGAUUUUCUUAUUAUAGAAAAUGAGGGACGUGAAAGUCUUGAUAACAACCCUUUUGACUUGGCGCAAAAAUUAUCAACUCGACCCGAAGAUCCUUUUGAUUUAGUUGAAAAGGAGGCUAGCGUAAAGGCACGUUAUUCUAUGCAACCCAAAAAAGAAGUUAAGGUCGGAAAGCUUUUAUCACUCAGCGAUGACAAUAUACUGGAUGAUAAUGGUACGUGUCCUGUUAAAGAAACGGCUACUUUGGCUACUUUGGAGAAAAGCGAUAUAAAAAAUAUCAUUGACAUGACUGCUUCAAACUGCAGUAUAUCAAUCUAUCAUUCUGCUUUAGUCCACGAGUUAGAUAGUGAGAGCCCACCAAUUUCUAUGUCCAUUAAAUCUACGCCAGAUACUUGCAGCUCUGCGAUUGAAAGCGAUGAAAGUUCCGCAAAUAGUGCUGAUGGCUAUUCGGCUAGAAUACGGAAAGCAAUGGAAAAUCGGAAACGUCUACUUAAAUUAAGCAUAGCAAAUUCAACAUUUAAUUCUCCAUUGAGUUGUCGAUCUCGACAGACUGAUAGUGGAUUUUCAACUGCAUUUUCCGCUGCUGCGCACUUCAGUGAUUAUAUGCUUGCGACGGAGUCGCCUUUAAAAUUAGUAGACGAUGAUCUCCUGAGGGAAGAACCACCAAAACUAUCAGACGCCGAAAAUGAUUUCGAAGCCGAUCUAGAAAUGUUGAGUAUCCCCAUGUUGAGAAAAUUGCCAUCACCAGUUCCUGAAGAGACUUCGUUAUUGACAAGGGAAGCAGAAGAUGUAAUGCCUGCGCCGCAAAAUUUGACAGUUCCAGAUUUAUCGGCUCUAAGAGAAAAAUUACGGGCAAAGCGAGUGGAGGCUUGUAAGGGUCAAGAUGUUGUGUCUUUAAUAGAUAACUUAAAAUCUUUGUUAUGCGAUAAUGAAAUUGUGGAUGACGAUAAAAAAGAGAAAGCCAACUGUUUGUUAAAAAAACUGAGUACAGCCUUAAAUACUGAAAAAUGCGAAGAUAAUAACGAUGAAUUAAUAAAAAAUAUACAUGAUAGUGAACCAUCAACGCAAGUGCCACAAACCAUUGUGCGACAGGGAACUUUUGAUAUGGAAUUAGAGACGAAAAGCAAGAAUGGUUGUGACAAAACUAGUGGAACUGCAGCAUCAGUUGAUGAUAACUCGCAAAUGACACAUUCUAUUCAGUCUACACAAUCUUCGCCACCUGCAAAAGAAAUACCAGAAGUAAUGUUAAAAUCCUCUGGUACAUUUGAUGGCGAACCAGUAGCGGAAAGGGAGAAUCUGCUCUUACCACAUGUCGACGCUCUUUCACCAAUAACAUCGCCAAUCUUAAAACCAUCCUUACAGAACACUGCCGCAACAAAUCCAGAUGUGAAUGAUAUCAUCGAACAAAUAGGCAAACUACUUGAGCAACACCAAAUUGCUGCCCAAGCAUCUAGUAUGGAUGCUACGAAAGGUAAUAAUUCGUCAGGAAAUAACCCGUUACAGCAAUCCACAAUGUGUAACCCCACAUUUAUUGUUGUUAUGCCAACAAAUUCAGUACAACCAACUAAUACCCAAGAUAUUAAUACCUCCAAUUGUAACGUUGCAUUGGAUGAUAUGGAUAGUAAUAUUGUACCUCGACGACGUGCACAAUCUUUAUCAAUACAUGACAAAGUUAAAAUUGUACAAUUGCCAAUACGGUCGCAAGCAGUCCCUUAUAUUACAGGUGAAGUACAGUCUCCUCUUACUGAGGGUGCGUCCCAAAUAAAUACCUCUAUAGUAGAAAUGAAAACACCAAUACGUUCUACUCAGCGACGGAAUUCGUUUUCCAGUGGUACACCACAUACGCCUCUUAGCUCAUUAACUCAAGGAGCCGGUGCGACAAACUCUCGACGUUUACAAAACACUUCAACAAUCCAGUCGCGUUACUCACUCGGUCCUUCUAAAUUACGAGAGCAUGAAUCUCAACAACAUGCCGUUUUGCACCCCAUUUCACGAACCAAUUUGAAUGUUUUCAAACCUGAUUUAAAGAAAAGAACCAAAACUCAGACGACGAAAACUUCGAUUAUGGCAUCCAAUGGUCCACUUAAGGCUGUAAUGCCAAUUAAGAAAGUAGCACCCAUGCUUACAACUACAAUCGCUACCCCAGAAGGAUCCAAUGUAAAUUCACGUAUACCCUCACAAACCAUUAACAUGGAAACUUCAAUGAAUUUACUUACCAUGGCGGGUAAAUUAUCCAAUACGAGCACACCAAUGCCACCAACUCGAAGUGGGGAACAGAUUUCAGGUUUUCCUAACGCAUGCUCAACACCAGCCAUUUGUAGUAUUGCUAAAAGACCCAAUGGCACGAUAACAAAGAAAAAUCCUCGGUUUUCAGUCUCUACACCGUCAAAAUUACAGCAGCCACUUGCAAAUACUUCGGGAGUAAAGAAACGGGCUUUACCUGAAUUGACGAAGACCAAGUCACCGGUGCGCUCGCGAAAAAGUUUGAGCGGAAUGUCUGUACCGGUAGUACGAGGUAGACAGUCGAUGGUGAAACAACAGAAUGUUUCAAAACAGACAACAUCUCGAUUGAGCACGAGAUUAAGUACUCGUUCAUCACUUUGUCCGGCAUCUACAUCUACUAAUAAAGAGAAUAAAAAGCCUUAAAUUUUAGAAAUAAACAAGUCGAUUAAUCCCUUACUAUUUCUUUUUGCACUUACCUCUUUUAUCAUUUCCCUAUUAUUUUGCGAAUAAUCGAAAAUAUCUGCAGAAAUUGUUGUUUAGCUGCUUCAGUGUGAAGGAUUCGUUAUUGUGUGUUUUUUUCGCACUUAUAAUAUGUUUGUCAACGGAGUUUUAAUAAGGUUAUACGUAUAAUUUACUUUUCUUAUAUUUAUUGAACUAAAAAUUGUAUUAUAUAUGUAAAUGUUCGACUAAGUGUAGAACCUUUCUGUUAAACUCUAUUCCACAAAAAAUAAAAAAUGUCUAACGAAGUUAAAAACUUAAAAAUAUUAGUUGCAUUCGUAGACUAAGAUAAAACUUGCCCUUAAGUGAAGGCAUAUACAUAUAUUUAUUAUAAGGCAAUUGAACGCAAACUUAUUAAAAACUCACUGGUUUUUGUUUGCAUCUUAAGAAUAAACAGAAAAAGAGAAUUAAACCGUACUAAAAAAACGUUA